UCGGUUGCCAGGCUUCGUCAGUCAUGAAGUUCAUCGUUCAACCUGCGGACGUGUUUUCUCGUUAAGCUCCGCGAAGUGUUCAACUCAAUCAUCACCAUUGUGGGACCGGGGCCAGUUUUAGUAGCUGGCCGUCGAUGUGCUUUGUGGUUGUUGUGGGGUAGCCGUUCGUAGCAGCCCAGCGUAUAAGGCAGUCAAUGGUAGCACAGGGCGUUGGCAAUACAACCAAGUGGCGUAUGGUGGAAGUGACCGACAUUUGCUCGGCGAUCUCAAGCCAAGGGAAAAAAGAAGACCAGCACCCUUUCACGGCCCUUAUAGGCGCAAGUUGUAUUCAAUGUUGGCGAAAUGAGACGGAAUCUUAUCAGGAACGUCUGAGUUAGAUAGCGAAAUUUGCUGAUAAGCUAGCUAGUGUGUAUAGUAUCAAGUGGAAUACCGAAAAAAUCGAUAUAAUACAGGUGAAUGAAUAAUCACUGUAGUGUUGGGUGUAGACUGGCUUGCAUUGUUUUUUUUUCCACGCACUCCCGCGGAAAUUGUGCAACAGUGAUUUGAGAAAAUAGUUUAGAAAAUAAAAGUUUAUUGUUCGAUGCUGGCAGGCAUUUUUUCAAGUUUACGCAUGGAAAACUUCGGAAGAAAAGUGAAUGGAGGCCCGAUUCAAGACCGUUAUGUCCCACGAUGAAUAAUGUGCACUUCAAACAAACAGCCGUGAGAGGAUGACUGAAAAUUAAUCCACUAUAAGCGUGAUUCAACGAAUAGAUAACCGCUAAGAUUGCUCAUCAAUGGCCCGUCGUAGAUUCUAGGAAUUUUAUGAAUGAGCCUCUCCACACCAGACGACGACCUCAAUUAACGCUCACUUCUACGUCCGAAAAAGCGAUAUGCGACGCACCUGAAGGGCAUGGGCGAUACGUGAUAACGUGACAGUGGAAUCCAAAGUGGUGUUGAAUGAGUGAAACGAUACCUGCUUGUAAGCAAUGACCAGAAUGUGACUCACAGAAUCACCGUUGUGUUUUCGUCACUUUGUUUUGAAUACGUAAGUUAGUGCUAUAUCGUGCAUUCAUUCGCUUAUACUAAGGCGUUACUAAUGUUGCGAAACAUAAACAGUGUGAUAUCACCUUGAAAAUGUUAUAAUAAUAGUAGUGCGCUAAGUAAUAACAACGUGAGAAAAUAAUACGAAUACUCAUUUGCUGUACUGCAUACCCCGCUGUCGUGAAUCGCGCCAAUCGCGCACCUAAACACCCAAAGUGGGCUAAGCGCGGGUGAAUCAUACUGCAAUUACGUACCAACCAACCGAACCCGGCAUUAGCAGUUUAGUGAGUCGGAAACACCAGUCUUGUGAAUGCUGCCAUCGUAUCGACAAAUGUGUUGCACUGCUGCUGCUGCAACCCGUUUCGCAUAUUUCAAGAAUGGCUUUAAAUACCAACUGCGGGGCAGCAAAGCGUUACCAACAAGCCAAGCAUUCGGCUAAGACUACCAAAAGCAGUGAUGGCGGUGGUGGUUGUAGUGUUCGGAAAAAAUGUGUUCAUCUGAGUUCCAGUACCACCGGCAGUGAAUGGAUUCAUGCGAAGAUUAACGUGCUUUUCCUGUGCUUCGCCGUGUUCAUAAGUUUAGUUGACGGACAGUACCACACAACUCGCGAUCCACGAUGGUACUCUCGCGAAGGAGACUUCAGCUACCACCUACCCAAUCCGGGUGAUCCCGACUAUAGGACCUACACCUAUAACAACCGAAGGUAUGGCUACUAUCAACCGAAUGGAUAUGGUCAACAAUACCCUGGCCAAAACCUACCUGGUCAGUAUCCUCAAAAUACCGGCCUUGGAGAAGAUCGAUUCAAGUAUGACCCGACCAACCCAAACAACGUCCAAACGCCGUUCCCAGGAGUGCUGGGAGGUUGGCGCGAAGAUCUGCAGGGCAAACUGCGACGUGACUCAAUCCAACUGGAUCGGGAUGUUUUUGUAACAACCAACUAUGGUCAGGUGCAGGGUUUCAAGGUACAUCUGUACGACAAUCCCGAUCCAAAGUCGUUUUUCCGACCUUGGCACAGCCCUGUCGAUCGAGUCAUGGGUACGUGUUCAACGUUCUUGGGUAUUCCGUACGCACUGCCUCCAACAUUCGAGGGACGGUUCAAGCCCCCAAGGCCGCACAGAGGUUGGCAAUUACUGCAAGCUGUUGAUUACGGACCCGCGUGCCCACAACCUGUCCAGUACACCGGUGCUACCAAGGGAAUCCGCGAUAUGGACGAAGAUUGCUUGUAUCUAAAUGUGUUUUCGCCAAAUACUCAGUCUGGCGUUGCACAGAGAUUCCCUGUAAUGAUCUAUAUUCAUGGCGGCGAGUUUGUCCGGGGUGCUUCGAAUGUGUUCCCAGGACACAUGCUGGCCGCAUUCUACGAAGUGGUUGUCGUCACGUUCAACUACCGUCUUGGUGCACUCGGAUUCCUGUCUACGGGAGAUGAGAACUCACCGGGCAACUACGGCAUCCUGGAUCAGAUCAUGGCCGUACGCUGGGUGUACGACAACAUAGAAGCCUUCAACGGCGAUCGGAACUCGAUAACUCUGUUCGGACCUGGUGCCGGAGCUGCUUCCGCAGGAUUGCUGAUGGUGGCGCCUCAAACUAAGGACAUUGUCACUCGAGUCAUCGCACAAUCCGGUGCUGCCGUUGCUGACUGGGCAUUAAUCGUGGAUAAGUAUCGUGCGCAAAACACGAGUCGAGUUUUCGGUCAAAUGGUUGGAUGCUCAAUCGAAACUUCGUGGAAACUAGUCAACUGUAUGCGGCAAGGUCGAAGCUUCUUCGAGCUAGGAAACGCAGAGUUCGCUCCACACGUAGGGCUAUUCCCAUGGGGACCCGUUCUAGAUAUCAAUUUCACCUUCCCGGGUGAUGAGUGGUAUGAGGGAUGGAGAGAACGGGAUUGGCAUUUCCUUGCUGAAACUCCUGAAGAGCUCAUCCGAAAAGGGCACUAUAAUCGAGGGCUGCACUACAUGAGUGGCGUGACUUUACAGGAAGCCGCGUUCGUGAUUUCCCAAAACGAAUCACUUGCACCAUACUUCGAAGUUGACCAGAAGUUUUUCGAACAAAAAGUUUGGGAGCUGGUCUAUCGAUAUAACUACACGCUGAAUUUGAAUGGCACGUACGAAGCCAUCAAGUAUAUGUACACUCAUUGGCCAGAUCCAAGGAAUACGACCUACAUUAGAGAGCAGUACAUCAAUCUUCUUUCGGAUUUCCUCUACCGCGCACCGGCAGAUAAGAUGACCAAACUUUUGGUCGAACGACGUGUUCCAGUCUACAGUUACGUUAUGAACACCACUAUCGAGGGACUCAAGCUCCCCGAAUGGCGGAAAGUACCGCACGACAUCGAGCAUUACCUGCUGACGGGUGCACCCUUCAUGGACGUAGAGUUUUUCCCCCGAAAAGCUCGUCUUGAUCGUCUGAUGUGGACCGAUAACGAUCGCAACAUGAGUCACUUUUUCAUGAAAACGUUCUCGGAUUUCGCACGCUACGGUAAUCCGACACCGCAACAGGUAUUGGGACUGUUCUUUGAACCGGCUAGAAAUGGUGAGCUGAAGUAUUUGAAUCUGAACACUACGUAUAACUCGUCUAUCAGAAUGAACUAUCGACAGACGGAAAGUGCUUUUUGGACGCAGUACAUCCCCACAGUAGUCGGCGUAAUGGUGCCAACGUAUCCUCCCACUACGGAGUUCUGGUGGGAACCGAAGGAACCUUUGCAGAUCGCCUUCUGGAGUAUGUCGGCGGCGUGUCUGUUGUUGAUCGUGAUGGUAGUUAUUUGCUGCAUACUGUGGCGGAACGCAAAGAGACAAUCCGAUCGUUUCUACGACGAUGGAGUUUUUGUUGUAGACAAUCCAGAAUCUGAACGCGACGUCGGCAUAGACAACAACGUCCUGCAAGCUCAGCCCCUUCGAACACGAGAUAACAUCUACGAGUACCGCGAUUCUCCGACAAAAUAUAAAUCUCCGCCCACCGACGCCACUUCGAUACGGGCUCCCAGUUCCCUGGCAAUGACCCAAACCACUGCCAAGUCAAUAUCCGGAAGUCAAAGCUCGCUACGUAGUGCCAUUUCGAUGAAAGAAUCGACCAACAUAAGUCCCAUUCCCAGGUCCGAGUCGAACUUUGAUCGUAACAUCAAGUACGCCGAACGGGGAGUGGACACCGAAAUCAACAAAAAUGGCAAAUACCCCCGAACGGAUUCGAGGGGUGCCCUGAGUGAUACGAAAUCGAGGGAGUUUUCCGCUAGUACACCAAUUGAACCGGCUCCAAGAUCUCAACAACCCUCUUCGCAGCCGGCCAGCCGAGGAGCAAGUCGAGCCGGGUACGAUCGAAGUAACAAUGCAAGUCGAACGAAUUUAAUCGAAGGAAUCCCACAGACCGAAGUUUAGAUAUCGAAGAAUAAGAUAGAAAACGGUAAGUUUAGGAUAAGUUUGUUUAGAUCAAGUGUAACAAAGUUUACCAGUUACAUUAUGCCACGCGUCCCCAUCACAAAACAAAUCGACCUUGAUAAUCGCAACAUAUCAGGUUAGGUUAUUAUAAAGAGUAGAUAAAUUGCUCUACGUAGUUUUAAGACAAUCGAAGCCGUACUGUAGUAAGUUUACAAAAAAAAUCUACAAUAGAUUGAUGUUGUCGGAUAAGUGAAACGAAAGCACCAAGUGCCUUAAAUUUUAGAUAGAGUUUUAAGGUAAUAGAUGAUUAAUGGUCACUGGGAUAGGGUUGCCAUGCUGAAGCUAAGAAAAUCAGUUUCAUAUAGCCAGAGAGAACAGACGACGAAAAAACAUAAUCAACUCAUUUGCUACUUUUUCUCCAGAGCACGCUUCUUUGCUUUCUUAUGAACAUUUCCCAAAUAACCACUUGCCCGCUAAUAAUUAGAAUUAUUCAGCUUUUUGGCAUUAUAGGGCUGCACAGGUCCUGUGCAUGACAAGCGAGCAUUUUUAAUCAGUGUUGUACAAAAUACAACGGCGUGGCCACUUAAGUGUUAAGAUUUUCCCAGGGAAACCUUCAAGAACCUCCAUGGAGCUGCAGCAAAUAUUCAAUUUUUUUCUUAGAUUUCUCCGUAAUUUCUCUAGGAAUUUUCUCAGGAGUUCCUCUGAGAAUUCUGACAAAAAAUCUUACAAAUUUUUACAAAAAAAAUCUGCGGAUUUUUACGAUUUUUUAAUUAAAAAGACUUUUUGAAUAAUCCUCCAAUACUCCAUAUAGAAAUUUAGAUAUAAAUUUUCUUCAAUAAUACUAAGGAAACUCUGGACAUGGAACAUGAACCUUUCCAAUAUUUUUCGCAAAGAUUCAUUCGAAACAUAUAUUUUUUUACUAUUAUUAAGGAUUCCUUCAAAUAUUCGUCUCCAAAUCGUCCAUGAAUUACAACCUGAAUCCGCCAAGGGAUUUUGAAGUUACUUUAGGCAUCACUUCAAGAAAUUUUUCAACAAAGUCUUGAAAAAAAAAUACAUUUUUAUGAUAACUUUAGUAAUUUGCUUCCUUCGAAAUCAAACGUACAAAAAACGCCACACUCAAAGUUGUAAAAGUGACCUAGAAAAUAACUAUUCCACGCAGCUGGUAACCCUACUUCAACUGGUAUUUUCUUUUGACUAUAUCGUAAGAUUUUGAAACAUUAUAGAAAAGACUCUCAAACACAAACACGAGGUAGCGAAAUGCGUUUGGAGUCAACUACGUACUGAUUGUUAUGCCUAGUAGAUAAAGUCAGGUUUAGCCAAUUUUAUUAGCAGUAAUUUUAGCUGUAUGUACAUAAAUGUGCUGUGCAUGUCCAUAUGUUUCAGUGUCUCCGUCCAAUUUUGUUUUUAGGUGUACCGUGUCAACGUCCUUUUCUGUUGUCCGUGGUCCAUUAGUUUAUUUUAGAUUAAUUAGCCGAUAUAUCUUAUUGAAAAUUCGAUUCUACUUAGCUCCUAGAGGUACUUAUUUCACUCUUAUGUGUUCUUUCGCUUUCGCGUGAAUCAAAGCAGAACAAAUUUAGGCCAAUCCGUGCAAAUAUUCUUAUUAAGCCAACUUUGCGUUAGUUCGAUGUAUAUACCUAUACGUUUAUGUUGUCUUCCAUUCCAUACAUUCCCGAGCAACUUCAGCUUACUUCUUCAUCUACUACAAAGCUGUCCAUUGUGUUUCAUUAGGUUAACUUACUUUGUGUUAUCAUGAUUUAGAACAGCAAGCAUUUAAAACAUACUGUACAUAUAGUGAUGACUAUUUUCGAUUGAUUACCAUUUAAGUAUUAAAAGAUAUAGGUUUUACUGCACAAUUAUUUGUGAGAUAGCUACGAGAAUAUUUUUAAAGAUGUUUAAGAAUAACAUAGUUUUUAGUCGAUAAACGAUGCGAAUAAAAUAAAGAGCUCUUUUAUUACAA